UUCAAUACAAUCUGAUAAAAUGACGACGGUGGCAGCGGCGGAGAGCAGUUCAGAAACUAGAAACUCCAGAUGGGUCUCUCGCCGGAAUGACGGCUCUCGUUACCGGUGGCACACAUGGAAUCGGCUACGCUGUGGUGGAGGAACUGGCGGAGUUAGGGGCAGCGGUUCACACCUGCUCUCGCAACGAGUCUGAGCUCAACCACCGCUUACAAGAAUGGUCUUCCAAGGGCUUCACCGUCACCGGAUCCGUCUGCGAUGCAGCUUCUCGUCCUCAACGCGAACAGCUUCUAGAAAAAGUCUCCUCUAUCUUCAAUGGAAAGCUCAACAUUCUAAUAAACAACGUUGGGACCAACAUAGUGAAACCUAAUUUGGAGUAUACUGCAGAAGAGUAUUCCCUGAUCAUGGCUACCAAUUUGGAAUCAUGUUACCAUAUCUCUCAACUUUCACAUCCUCUUUUAAAAGCUUCUGGAUUUGGAAGCAUCGUGUUCAUUUCCUCUGUUGCAGGUUCUCUUCAUGUUAAUUACACAUCUAUCUACGGCCUCACUAAAGCUGCUAUGAAUCAACUUGCAAAGAAUUUAGCUUGUGAAUGGGCUAAAGAUAAUAUUCGGAGUAAUAGUGUAGCUCCAGGGUGCACUAGGACCCCACUUGUGGAACGUUUGUUUAAUAAUCAUGACGAGUUUAUAAAUACAUUGGUGUCAAAAACACCUUUGAAACGCAUUGCUGAAGCGAAUGAAGUGUCAUCAAUGGUGGCGUUCCUUUGUAUGCCUGCUGCUUCUUAUAUCACUGGCCAAACGAUUCUUGUUGAUGGAGGGUUUUCUAAACACACCACAGGUGGUGGUUGUUUUCUUUUUCCGGCAAGAUCAAAGAGGCAACAAGCUCUUGCACCUCUUCUUCCUGUUGACCGGAGCACACGCGGAAGCCACACCCAAACACCCAUUUCCUUCGCGUUUUGUCGCGAAAGAAGAAGCAAGAGGAGUUGCCGGAGCCGCCCCCUUGCCACCCCUGUUGUCGACAAUAACCACCAAUUUCCGCCUCUGCUUCCUCCUACAUUACUCGAUUUGCUUUCGGCGACAAGGACAAUGAGACCAGAGGAUCACCGGUCGUGA